UCGCGAUAUCCUCGUCGUCAUUAUCGUUGUUGUUGUUGUUGUUAACAGUGUGUAUAAAAACGGUGUGAUUUAACCUAACGUCAUGUUGAGGACAACCCCGGACGUGGUGUAUCAGUCACAACAUUAUUGCGACGCGUUCGACGACCCUUUCGCGAGCCUUCAGUGGUACGACGACAGUGGUUACGGUUACGCCGCCGCCACCACGGAUGAACAGUCGACGACUGAUCGUCGGUUGACGGCGGCGUCGGCGAGUGGCGGUAGCGAUAACAGUUUCGGUGGUGGCAGUAGCGAUAAGAAUUUUGGCGGCGGCAGCGGUUCAAAGGUCGACUCGGCGGGUAGCAGGAAGCGCCGGCGGUUGGCGGCGAACGCGCGCGAGAGACGCCGCAUGAAUGGCUUGAACGAAGCGUUCGACCGGCUCCGGGGCGUCGUGCCGGCCGCCGACGACGAGCGCAAGCUAUCCAAAUACGAAACGCUCCAGAUGGCACAGACAUACAUCGUGGCCCUGCACGAACAGCUCGGCAUGACGCCCUCGGUGGCCGACGGCAGCCGUCCGGCCACGGUGAACUCCUCGUCCACGGCGGCGGCCACACGAACGUGUUGCUCCAAUUUCAGCGUCCCAAUGCUGUGGCCGCAGCGACGGCAGUUAUAGUGGACGACGACGGUAUAUAACGACGGUACGUUGCGGGUGGUGCGAAUUCAAUGAACAAAUCCGGGAGCCCCUUAACUUUUCCCGGUUAGUCCAAAAAUGGCAUACAUAUUAUGAGGGUGCUAACUGGGGGUGCUAUAAUAACUCACAAGCCACCCGAAUCGCGCCUAUGUGGGUCACUACCGUCGAGUUUUCCCAAACUUGUAACUAAAAUAUAUUAUUAUAACAUAAUUUAACGGCAACCCACAUAAUAUUAUACUCUGUUAAACUCGUUUUUGAAGUCUUAAAUCGAAUAUUUUCGCGUGCACAACACCCCGCGAUAUUUUAUUGUAAAUAUUUAUUUUUCAUUUUUUUUUACAACUCUUUUGAAUCGUUUUAAGACUAAAACGUGUGACUUCGUGUGAAUUUUCAAUAUUGAUGUAUGUUAUAACGUUGUGCAGCCUACCUCGCAGGUUAAUACGACGUAAUACGGUCUUAGCCGCCGAUUCGUUUCGUAAGACCACUCCACUCGUUCUCGUUAUAUUAUUAACUUUUAUUUAAAAUAAAAAAACACAAAAAGUAUGCACGUCUUCUUCGAACCCUUCGCCGACCCGUCUGAAGAAUGUCACUCUGAUUCAAUAAAAUACUUUUUAUGCGCGUAGACGUAAUCGCACACCUGUUGUACAGUUUUCCGGUAGAAUUUUGAGUUUUCGCGACACUAUUUCAUAUAUUUUUGCAAAAAAAAAAAAGAUCACACUCGAUUUUAUAUAUUUUUAUAUUUCAUAUCGGCCUUGUGAAAAGCGGGAGUGUGUUACUUUGUCGACAGCAGCUGAUAUCGAUGUGAAAAAUAUAAAAUAUAAAUAUAUAGUCAAUAAUAUUAUAACAGUUUGUGAGCGUUAACAUAGUUCGGACAGCAAAACUUGCCGGGUAUUUUAUACCUACUUCAAUAUUAUAUAAUAUUAAAUCCGUGAAUUUUUCUCCAUUCGUUCGGACCAUAAAUUCUUUGAAAACUAAUAAGCUGUGCGUUAUUGAACGAGCUCAAUAAUAAUAUAUUGCGUUUUCCUGUUUUAUCAAUGAUCGUUUUCUGAAAAUUUAUAUA